UCUAAAAUAGCAAGUAAUGUAGUAAUUUAAUAUAUUUUUUUCAAUUUACUGUUCUUCCAAAUGUUUGGUAUAAAAGUAUGGCGUCCAUCAACAAUAAAGAAUACGAUACAGUGUCGAUGGCUUUGGGUCUAGCAGUGUUUGCUUUGCCCCUCACAAUGUUGAUCCCGGGGUUUUCAAUAUGGGACGUGAUUCCGAAGGUCCGUAUCUCGCGAUGCCACAUCGUGGACCAGUGCAUCUCAUGGUCACAGCUCAAUACCUCUUUGGUGACGAUGUUGGUGCUUUUGUUCUGUCUUUAUCUGGAACUGCGGAAGCGUGAAGUGGACGAGAUGUUGGAAAGCGUGCUAACAGUAAGCAAAGCAACGGACGCAGCGUUGGACGUGGAGCGCGAGCGGCAGGACGCAGAGAUCCGAGCGUGCGUCCAGCUGCUGGACGCGUCCGCCGAGCACUACGAGACGCUGAUCCUACUGAAGGAUGACUUGCGCCAGCGAGAGAAACCCAACAUCCAGCACCCGCCCGUCAUUGAGCCAAGCACUUCCGAAAUGUAGUUUGUAAAU